GUCAGCGUGAUCGGCCUGGACAGCGAGCAAACCGAGGAGCUCUGCGCCGCCGCCUCGGAGCAGAGCGGCAAGCUGGUCCGGAUCGCGAACUACCUGUGCAAGGGCAACUAUUUGAAGGUUUCGGGUGACAAGGCUGCCUGCGACAAGCUGGUGGAGAUCGCCAAACCCCAGUUCAAGGCGAGGAUGGCGGUGCCGCUGGCGGUCGCGGGUGCCUUCCACACGGACUUCAUGGCCCCGGCGGUGGACAAACUCAAGGAGGGCGCUGUCUGGCGUCGACCUGAAGAGUCCCCGCAUUCCGGUCGUGUCCAAUGUGGACGCGUCCCCGCACUCCGACCCAGAGGAGAUU